AUGAAAUCUCACGUUCCACCAAAAACGACACCUGAUGAAGCUACCCAGAGCAACUACGAGGAUAUAUCAUCUACACAUCUCUCAUUAGAUUGGCAUAUCAACUGGAAAUCUUCCAAGAUUAUCGGUAGCGUCACUCAUGCACUCAUCUCUCACAAAGAUGUCGUCAAAGAGCUACAUUUAGACGCUAGCUACUUGGAGAUACAUCGAGUACAUAUUAACGAUAAGAAAUUGUCUUACAAGCUGCACGAUAGACAUCCCGUCAUGGGUAACAAGCUGGUGAUCAGCUUACCAACGACACUCAAGAAAGAUGACACCGUUAGCCUCACGGUGGAAUACUCUACUACCACCUCCUGUACCGCUCUAGCCUGGCUCGACAAAGCCCAAACCACUGGAGGUGAUUUCCCUUAUGUCUACAGUCAAUGCGAAGCUAUUCACGCGAGGUCGCUGGUACCUUGCCAGGACACCCCUGCGAGAAAGUUUACUUACGAUGCAAAAGUCAGAAGCACCCUCCCAGCUCUUAUGUCGGCCUUACGCGUGUCUCCACCAAAAGACACACCCCUUGAGGACGUUGUAGGAAAGGAAACAGUAUACGAAUACAAUCAACCAAUCCCUAUGCCUUCAUACUUACUCGCAAUUGCAUCUGGUAAGCUCAUCUUCAAGCCUUUCGAAGUGCCAACUGGCGUCAAGUGGAAUGCCGGUGUCUGGACAGAGCCAGAACUCAUGGAUGCCUCCUUUUGGGAGUUCAAGGAGGACACAAGCAGGUAUGUUCACCAAGCGGAGCAACUCGCAGGUAUCGACUACGAGUGGACGACGUAUGAUAUUCUCAUUCAACCAAAGAGUGCACCAUUUGGUGGAAUGGAAAACAUCUGUCUCACAUUUGCAACUCCUACACUACUCGCCGGUGAUAGAAGUCUCACAGACGUCAUCGCACACGAAAUCUCCCACUCGUGGUUUGGAAAUCUGAUUACAUGCGCUAAUUGGAACAGUUUCUGGACUAAUGAAGGAUUCACUACCUACAUGGAGAGACUCAUCCUUCAAUUCCUCCACGGUAAGGCUGACCGUGACUUUUCUUACAUCAUUGGCAGGAAAGCUCUUCAGGAAAGCCUGGAGGAAAUGAGUAGUGAACCUAGAUACCAAAAGCUCGUAAUUCCAUACCAUGUGGGCGAAGAUCCUGAUGAAGGCUUCUCGAGUGUGCCUUACGACAAAGGAGCUAAUUUCCUUUACUAUUUGGAGAAGACUGUCGGAGGUUUGGACGUGUUCUUGCCAUUUGUGAAAAGCUACGUGAAGGAGUUCCGCGGGAAGAGUAUUGCAACAGCAGAUUUCCACAACCACCUUUUCAACUUCUUCGCUGAUAAUCAAAACGCCCUAGAUGCACUCAAGAAGGUAGACUUCGAUGCAUGGUACAAUGGCUCUGGAUUGUCUCUUCCUGUCGAACUUGACUACGACACUUCACUCGCGGACGUCGCCUACUCCUUGGCUGAAAAAUGGAACAAUCAACGUGAUUCUGAGGUAGAUCACCUCAAAGAGGUCUUCAGUGAGGGUGAUAUCCACUCAUUUAAUUCCAACCAGAAAGUCGUUUUCCUCGAGAAACUACAAUCAUAUCCAACAUUCAAAAAGACCAUCCCUGAGGCACUUGCUACGGUUUAUGGAUUUGAUAAAGCCCAGAAUGCUGAAAUACGCUUCAGAUUCUACAUGCUUGCACUCACAACGGGUAGCACCUACGUGCAUCCAGCUGCAGAGUGGGUAUCUAGACAGGGAAGGAUGAAAUUCUGUCGUCCCCUCUUCAGAUCACUCAAUAAAGUCGAUAGCGAUACAGCUAAGAAGACCUUCUUAGAUAACCAAUCUUUCUACCAUCCAAUCGCCGCUAAACAGAUACGUAGGGAUUUGAAACUAGAUGAGGCUGUACCAGCUUCUACUUGCUCUAUUGUCUAG